UGGAUGCAUCCGGUUGUAACUUUCCCCGUAGAGGGUGCGUGUGAAUGGUUUACGCAGGUGACGUUGUGUUGACAGUUCUGGAUCAGACAAAGACACGGACAGAAGUAGCAUCUAAAGUCUGUUUGGACUGUGAUGCAUUGUUGAGGAGAUGAUGGAGCCAACAGAUCAUGCCACAGAAGCCGACCCUCUGAAGAGGGAGGUUGAGGGUGGUGGAGCAGCACCACCAGCUCAGACCAAGAAGAAGUUGGGUCUGGCCAAGUUGUCCCACUGGAGGACGGCUGCCUUCUUCCUCUCCCUCUUCCUCUGCCUCAUCCUAGUCUUCGCCUUCUCUUUCAUCAUCCCCUGUCCCGUCCGGCCACAAUAUCUCACCUUCUGGAACCGCUCCUUCCCCCAAGCAGCCACCUAUGAUUUCCUGGCCAUAGAGGAUGCAAGCAAAGACAAAGUGAUGGAUGUGCUGUUUGUCCUGAAGGACUCGGAGGGCAGUCAGAACAUCAGCUGUUUUGACGCAGGUCUGGACACACCUUGUGUGUUUGUGUCGGCGGUAGCAGGGACCAACGGCGAGACUCUGUGGGAGCGGCCCUUGGCCCCUGAGUUCCACUGGGCCCAUUGUGGUCUGGACGGGCUGGGAGAGAUGGACAGAGGCUGCCUGCUGUCCCAUUCCAACCAGCUCACUGCUAUCGACAAAUACACUGGAGUGGUGACGUGGUCGUGGCCCCAGCCUCCCAACCUGAGCAGCACCCUACCAGUCCUCAGUGUCCCAGACCUGGAUGGGGAUGGGGUCAGCGACGUGGCUCUGGUGGCCCCCAGCCCAACGCAGACACAGCUGGCGAUCCUCUCAGGAAAGACGGGUGUCCAGAUUGGCUCAGAGGUGGUUCUGGACACAGCUGAGAGUGCCAUGCAUCUCCUCCACUCCACAGGGAAAGGCUCCCACUAUGUACUGCUGCAGAAAGACUCAGGGUUGUAUGGCCUGGCCCUGUGGAGGAUUGCAGCCCAGGCUAAGGCAGGCAUGGAGAAAGGCCUCAAGAAGGACAAGCACUGGGAGAGCAAAGCCAAUGACUCCUCUGGCCUUGUACCAAUCUAUGAGUCUGGGUCAUUGAGACAUGUGUUGAUGACAGGAAAGGCAGAGGGUCUCUCCAACCUGCUACUGGUCACUGGGGGCAGUGUGGAGCUGAUGGAUGGCAACAGUCUCAACUCACUGUGGAGGGUCAACAUCAGCACAAUCCUCAGUGAGCCUUCAUUUGGCCACUUUAACAAAGAUGGGACACCAGACAUAGUGAUCGAGGAGGAAAUUGGUAACGGCAUUAAAAGGGUGGUGAUCCUGGAUGGAAACACUGGGGGAACGCUAUGGGAGGUCAUCCUACUGGCCAGUCCCAACUCACCCAAGCCAGCUUCGGUCAACACCAUCAACUCCUUCUCUGUGUUCAUGUUCUGGGGGGUGAUGCCUUCAGAGGCCAAUUCCACAAGCGAUUUGAGUAAGGAGCGGCACUCCUACAUGAUGCACCCCCUCUACUCCACAGUUCUCCUGGAGAAGAGCAACAUCAUAGACCACAUCAUCGCAUUUAAAGCCACCCUGUUGGAGCGGGGGCGUCACGCCUGCUACAUCCUGCUUACGGGGCCCGAGGGGGAGGGGGCCGAGGGUACGGUGGUCCUCAGCAAGCGCAAGCUGAAACAAGACGUCCCCGACAGCCGGGUCCUCCGAAUGGGCUCCAUGAGCAGCAAAGACACUAACGAGGACAUCAAAGAGGCCUUCCAGAGACUGCGCUUCAGUGACGAGUGACAGGCCGCUGUUACCAUGACAACAUUACUGCUGAUGUAUCUAAGCUGUGUACAUUAUUACAAUAGCUUUGACAACCAUUAGUUCUGACAAUCAACCAAACUGGUUACCUUACUGCUGACAACUAAACCUUCUUCGGCUGACCAUGUAUUCAGACUGUCGUCAUGACAAUCAGAUUACAAACGGCUCUUCUCCUAUAGAGAAAUGGUCACAUUUUGUCUACAUUUCUCGUCUCCUUAACUAAGCACUUUUGAGCAUCGCUGCGAAGCUCAGUUUUCUUAGCGCACAAAUGGACAAGUCUCUUAGUAGAGACAGACUUGGCUUGGGGUCUAUGCAACUAAUAACUGCAAAACUCACAAGACUGCCAGGGCAUACCAACCAGGCAGGAUGGUAUUAUUAAGUAGCUUAAUGCAUUUAUGCACAACUACUUGUUAGAAACCUUUUCUCUUGCAGCUUGAGGCUAUUUAAAGACAGUUAAAGUGACUAAGUGUUGAUGAUAUGCCACAAAAAGAGGCACUAAUAGCCCUAAAGAGCUGGACAACACUGGUUAUUGCAAGUAUAUAAAAAGUCAUAACCUUAUAUUUUAGCCAGAGGGUACUGUGCUAGAUGACAAUCCAGAUGAAACUAGUAGCAGGUACUGUACUAUUUCAAGUUGCUGUAAAUUAAGGUCUAUUAAAUGUACAUUGAUAGAACUGUAGGCCCUGUAUGAGGGACUCGAGCCUUGAAAGUUGAACGUCUCUGGUGAUCUGUUUGGCGUUGUGUGUUGACGUUCAAACCAGGCACAAGUUGACGAGGAGAGAUGUAGAAAGCUUUAAAAGAUACUCAUGGGGUUCAUAAAAUAAUUAAUGCUCUUGUUUUUUUUUAUCGUUUGCCUUACAUGAAUAUAUUGAACCUGUAGAACAGGCUUCCUUUUGAGCUGGUUUUCCUUCUCAUUUGACUAUCUAUUAUCUAUGAUUUAUUUUUAAUUGUUGGAAUUUCAAUUGAAUUUGAAAAAAGGCUAAAUAUUAUUAGUAAGUACACAAUGACAAUGUUUAUGUCUAUAAUGCAUAUUAAAGGGACAUACAGGUAUGUUACAGCAAACCCACUUACCUACGUGGGUUGACGAGGGGUCGGUCACGUCUCACUAGGGUCAGCGUUAUUACUUAAUCUCUAGAUCUAUAAAUGUAUAGGGAGCAUCUCAAUUGCAACUCCUCGUGUCCUCCCUCCUUGCCUCCUCAAAACCCAUUGGAGGAGAAGGUCAGAGGGGAGGGACCUGGCUACCAAUUGCCCAUAGUAAAUGGAGUUUUACACAGAAUCCUAUAUUGUUUGUCAUACAGGGUUCCCUUGUAAAAGAGACCUCCCACUUGGCACAGACGUCAAUUAACUUCAUUGAAAUGACGUGGAAACAACGUUGAUUCAACCAGUGUGUGCCCAGUGGGCUUGGUCUCAAUUGGACUCCACCCUGCCUAAAUUAAGGUUAAUGCGGUUCGACAUUAUGUGACAGAGCAGACUGUUGCGCAGUGACACGGGUCUCUUGAGUUUGUUCGGGUUCAUUUGGAGAUUAUCUUUAGCCUAUAGUGUACUGUGUAGGGUAGCUGUGGAACGCUCAACUCUGCUCUCUUAUACAAGUUGUAUAAAUGUCAUUUCUGAAAAUGCUUACCUGUACCAAUAUAUUAUUAAAGAUGAAAUUGAAUCUG